AGCGCCGGGAAAGAUGGCGGCGGCUGCGGUUUGAAUUCCAGCGGCGCCGCCGGAGUCCGAACAAGAGCUGGAUUGGAGGGGGCGGGGACCUGCAGAGCCGGGCGGGUCGCGACCGCAGGAGAAGCCGGUGGUGCCGCCGCCGCGGACACCAAUGCCACCACCUGCUCUGUGUCCGUGAUGGACUCGGUGUUGGAAGAGGACGUCACCCUCCCCGGGACGCUCAGCGGCUGCAGUGGCCUUGUCCCCAAGUUACCAGAUGACCUGGCAGGUAUCAGCCCCAUUGCUGGUUUGGGAAAUGGAGUGCUCCCAAAGGUGUCAGAAGAAACGGUGUCUCCCACAAGAGCACGGAACAUGAAGGACUUUGAAAAUCAAAUCACUGAAUUGAAGAAAGAAAACUUUAACCUAAAGCUUCGCAUCUAUUUUCUUGAAGAACGAAUGCAACAGGAAUUUCAUGGCCCCACAGAACACAUCUAUAAAACUAAUAUCGAGCUCAAGGUGGAAGUAGAAAGUCUGAAGCGUGAGCUCCAAGAGAGAGAGCAGCUGCUCAUCAAAGCCUCCAAAGCAGUGGAGAGCCUCGCUGAAGGGGGCGGCUCAGAAGUUCGGCGGGUGAAAGAGGAUGCUCAGAAGAAGGUGCAGCAGGUCGAAGAUCUCCUCACCAAAAGGAUAUUCCUUUUGGAAGAGGAUGUGAAAGCCGCCCAAGCAGAACUGGAAAAGGCCGUUGCAGGGACAGAAACAGAGAAGGCUCUUCGGCUGAGCUUGGAAAACAAGCUUUCAGAGAUGAAGAAGAUGCACGAGGGGGACUUGGACAUGGCUCUGGUCCUGGAGGAAAAAGACAGACUGAUUGAGGAGUUGAGGCUGUCUUUGAAGAGCAAAGAAGCUUUAAUUCAGCGCCUGAGAGAGGAGAAAUCUCAGAUGGCGCCUGCUGCUGAGAAUGUGUCAUCUGGAGAGCUCCGAGGGCUUUCUGCUGCUCGCAGGGCUGAGAAGGAGAGAGAAACCGCGGCUGCACAAGUGGAACGCCAGACGGAGAGAAAUCGCUUUGAAGAGAGGAUCCAGGCACUUCAGGAGGACCUGAGAGAGAAGGAAAGAGAAAUUGCUACAGAAAAGAAAAAUAGUUUAAAGAGGGAUAAAGCCAUUCAGGGUCUAACCAUGGCAUUAAAGUCAAAGGAAAAAGAGGUUGAAGAACUUAACUCUGAAAUCGAAGAGCUCAAUGCUGCCUUUGCUAAAGUCAAAGAGGCCCGCCAGAAACCAGAGACCCAGAAAUUCCAGGGGUCUGAAGAUUAUGAAGCUGCUCUGUUGGAAAAGGCAGCCCUGUUGGCUGAGCUGCACUCAGAAAACCUCACCAAGAGUACAGAGAACCACAGACUACGGAGGAACAUGAAGAAAGUCACACAGGAGCUGAGCGACUUGCAGCAGGAGAAGGAGAGACUAGAGAAGGAUCUGGAGGCAGCCCAUCGAGAGAAGAGCAAGAGAGACUGCACCAUCCACGACCUUAGAAAUGAAGUUGAGAAAUUACGCAACGAAGUGAAUGAAAGAGAGAAAGCAGUGGAGAACCAUUAUAAGAGUCUUUUGAGUGAAAGUAACAAAAAAUUACACAGUCAAGAGCAGGUGAUCAGCCGUCUAACAGAAAGUACCAAUCAAAAGGACAAGGACUUGUUGCCUCAGAAAUUCAGUGGCAAAGAUUCAGAAGCAGGACAGCAAAAUCGUUAUUUAAUGACUGCGGAGGAUCUCAAGUUCAGGAGUGAAGACUUAAUAACGGAAAAGUGCUCCUCUCAGCCAUCACCAGGCAGCAGAAGCAUCUUCUCGGAGGAAAAGCAGCAGUUAGACUAUGAAGAGCUGAUUCAGGUCUUAAAGAAAGAGCAGGACAUCUAUGCCCACCUGGUGAAAUCUCUGCAGGACUCAGACAGUGUCAGCAACCUGCAGGCUGAGUUAAACAGCAUCCUUGCCCUGCGGAAGCAGCUGGAGCGGGAUGUGCUCACCUAUCGGAAUCUGCAAAAGACGCUGGAGGAGCAGAUCAGUGAAAUACGGAGGCGGGAAGCAGAAGAACCAUUUUCAUUUUAUAGUGAUCAAACAUCUUAUCUAAGUAUUUGCCUUGAAGAGCACAAUCGGUUUCAAGUGGACCAUUUUUCUCAAGAAGAACUUAAGAAAAAGGUCAGCGACCUCAUACAGCUCGUGAAGGAGCUGUAUACAGACAACCAGCACCUGAAGAAAACCAUCUUUGACCUCUCCUGCCUGGGCUUCCCGGGGGAUGACAGACUUGAGUCAACAGAACAAAUGGAGCUUCCGGCUGGCAAGGAAGACGAGGACACGAUCAGAAUUGGAGAGGGUGACGAGAGUACUUCCCUGAGUGACCCGCAUUUGGAGCAGACUAAGAAGAUUACUGAGGAUUAUUCCAAAGGGGGCUGCAAAAAUGGAUAUUUAAGGCACACAGAUUCCAAUAUUUUAGACUACGAUGGAGCCCACAUACCUGGCGGCCCUGGAGACCAGAGUCUGGAGGAAGACGAGCUUAUGAACCUGCUGGCCCCGUUCUUCAAUGAGAAGGCCACGUCGUUACUGGAAUCCAGGCCGGACCUUCUGAAAGUUCUGCGUGAACUGCUCCUGGAACGAAUCUGCUUGCCAGAGCAGGAAGUUUCCAGAGAACACCUUGAGGCUGAAACUGAGAAGACACUUAAGCAGAUGGCUGCUCAGCUACGAGGUGAACUUAGACAGUUCAUCCAAGCCAACUCCUUUUCCAAGCCCCACGAUGAGCUGACGUCGCCUAGGGGCAGCCAGCUAGUACAGGUGGAGGAACCGUCCAGGGUGGAGCUGAAAGAUGCCUCCGUGCAGACCAUGGCCACGGAGCGUGACCCGCUCAGAUUCAAACACGAAGGCACGAGAGAGGCUUGGGAAGAGACACUGCCAGCUGCCGCAUUCAGCACGGGUUACCAGCCGGAGAGCCCGUGCGGGACGGCAGGGCGUCAGGCCUGCCCUCUUUCCUUCCCCCGUGGGGCUGACAAGGAUGCUAAGAAGUCCCGUUUGCCCGUCCUGAUAAAACCAUCCCAGUCAUUGGGAAGUGUGUAUCGGCUCCCAGCUGCGCAGGAGGUGGUGGCCCAGCUGCAGGCUCAGAUCUUGGAGCUGCAGGGGGAGCUGAAGGAAUUUAAAAUUCGCAACAAGCAACUUCACCAAAAGUUAAUUCUGGCUGAAGCAAUGAUGGAGGGGAGCCCAGCGCCAGACAAAACGCUACAGAAAGACUCUGAAAUUGACCAACCCAGUGACCCUGCCAUCUUGCCAACAUGCAAAGAGAAUCCAUCUGAAGAUUUUCAGAGCCCAACUUCAGUAGCUACUUACCUGAAUUCUAAGAGUCAGCUUCCCACUGAAGUCAGUGUGAUUGGAACCGAUCAGUGUAAGAACAUCGAUACCUCAAAUGAUACAGAAAACUUGAAACAGAAAAUCUAUUCCUUGGAAACUGAGCUCGAGGGCUACCGGAAUUUCAUAUUUCAGCUUCAAAAGCAUUCCCAGUGCAGUGAGGCCAUUAUCACAGUUUUGUGUGGGACAGAAGGGGCUCAGGAUGGCUCCAACAAGACCAACUGUCAUACUGAUGAAGAAGAAAUGACCUUUUCAAGUUUGCACCAAGUACGUUAUGUGAAACACAUGCAAAUCCUCCAUCCGUCGGACCCAGAGAUGGCUGAUGGCAGGAUGCUGGAGAGCCUUGAGCAGCAACUGGGAGACCAGGAAUGUGAGCUGCAGAAGGAGCACAAUUUGAACAUGGAACUUUUCAGUGAAGUGCAUGACCUGCAGAAUAAGUUCAGAGAUCUCUCGCCCUCAAGAUACAAUUCAUUAGUUCAGUCCCAAGCCAGGGAGCUCUCCCUUCAGCGGCAGCAGAUCAAGGAUAGCCAUGACAUCUGUGUCAUUUAUCGUCAACACAUGAGCACCAUGAUUAAGGCAUUUGAGGAGUUGCUGCAGGCCAGCGAUGUGGACUACUAUGUGGCUGAGGGCUUCCAGGAACAGCUGAAUCAGUGUGCCGAGCUGCUCGAGAAAUUGGAAAAGCUGUUUCUCAAUGGAAAAUCAGUAGGAGUGGACAUGAGUACCCAGAGUGAACUGAUAGAGAGGCUUGAGGAAGACAGCUUACCCUACCAACAUAUUCUACCUGAAUCUCCUGAGCCUGCGGCCUCGCACGCGUUGUCUGAUUGUGAAAUGUCCGAAAAGUCCUCCUCCUCACAAGACCAGAAGCAAGACAGCGAGUCUGAGAGGACUUCAGUUUCCGUGAACAAUUUUGCUCAAGACCUACUAAUGGAACAUAUACAGGAAAUUCGAAGUUUGAGACAACGUUUAGAAGAAUCUAUUAAGACAAAUGAGAAGCUACGGAGACAGUUGGAACGGCAAGGGCUUGAAUUUGAUCAAGGUUCUUUAAACAGUUUUUCUUGUGGUUCAGAGCUGCAUAAUUCUCUGACAUCAGAAAUUCGUUUCCUGAGGAAGCAGAACCAGGCCCUCAAUACAAUGCUUGCUAGAGGAUCCAGAGAUAAACAGAAGGAGAAUGAAAAAUUACGAGAGUCCCUCUCCAGGAAGACUGCGAACCUUGAGCGGCUCCAGCGAGAGCUCGCCUGUGUGAAGGGGGAGAAGGAAAGGCUGCAGCAGGAGGCGGGCCAGAGGGAGCGGCACAACCAGCAGCUGCACCAGGAGCUCUGUGCCAGCCGCAGCGAGCUCAGCAGGGUGCAGGAGGGGUUGAAAUGGAGGCAGGAGCUGCUCUCACAGAACAACAGGCUGCUGCAGUCCCUGCGAGUGGAGCUGAAGGUGUAUGAGAAGCUGGACGCGCAGCACGGGAUUCCCAGAGAGUCCAGAGCAGAGAUGUCGGGAGAAGGCUGGAAGGGGCAGGACCCGCUCGGUGACCUGCAUGACCUCCUGACCGAGAUCCAGGCUCUGCGGGCACAACUGGAAAGAAGCAUCGAUACCAACAGCACACUGCAGGGCAGGCUCGAGGAGCAGCUGGGGCAGGGCGGGAGGAAGGCGCCCCAAACCCUGCCCACGCCCGAGCGGCCCCUCCCACCAGACAAACACGAUGGUGACAGAUGUCCUGUGGCAACUGAUAAUUCCUAUGAUCUGCGUGACUCCGCCCCACCUGUGUCCCCGAGAUCAGCGUCAGAGAGCCCUCCACUCUCUAGAAAUGACAUGGAUUCCCUGUCCUGCGACAGUGGCAGCUCGGCCACCAGCGCCCCGAGUAUGUCUCGCCUGGUCCCGGGCCACCACUUGUGGGCCAGCAAGAGUGGCAGCCACAUCCUGGGCCUGAUUGAGGACUACGAGGCCCUGUGCAUGCAGGUUGGCCAGGGCCAGAAGCUCCUUGCUGAGAUGGACAUUCAGAUCCAGGAGACGCCCAGCCCCUCAAGUCGAGAGCUGGGAACAAAGGGUCUCCACCCGGUGCCUCUGAGCAGGUUUGUCACCAGCGUGAGCAGAGCCAAGCUGAUCCUGGAAGAGGCCGCGAGGUUACUGACGCUUCUCUGGAGGGUCUCACUCCCCACGGAUGGCCAGUGCACACUCCACUGUGAGCAGACUGGAGAAAUGAAGGCAGAGAUCACCAAACUGCACACAAAAUUAUUUGAACAAGAAAAGAAGUUGCAACACACCAUGAAGCUUUUGCAGCUGAGCAAGCACCAGGAAAAAGUCAUCUUUGAUCAGUUGCUCAUCACCCACAAGGUCCUCCGGAAGGCCCGAGGAAACCUGGAGCUGAGGCCCGGGGGUGCCCACCCAGGACCGUGCAGUCCCAGCAGGCCGGGCUCCUGACAGCGUGCAGACAAUAAAGCUCGCGGUACCCACUGUCUCCUUGUCACAGGCGUGGUUCCUACUUACUGA